GUUGGCUAGUAAUGUGGUUUGUAAUGGAGCAGGUCCAAGAAAAAUACAGACUCUCUGACAGAUUGAUUCGUGCAAUUAGCAAUUGGCAGUUAAAUGAUAUGGACGACGAUAUUCAUGCUUUGAUAGAAUCUGGAGCUGAUGUUAAUCGAAGACAUGGUACACUAUUGCCACUUCAUUGUACUUGUAUGGUAGGUGACUCAGAGAAAUUAAAACUGCUUCUCAAAAUGGGGGCUCGGGUUGACGACGUGGACGGUUAUGAAAGAACAGCACUACACUAUGCAGCUGAAAGAGAUGAAGAAUGUGUUAAAGUAUUACUUGAUCAUGGGGCAGAUAUCAACAAAGGUGAUGGUAACAUGGAUACAGCACUUCACUGGGCAUGUUACAAAAAUAAUCCAGGCUGUGUACGCGUGCUUUUAGAAUAUGGGGCUAACAUCAAUGCUGUGGAUUAUAAUAACGAUACACCUUUAAGCUGGGCAGCAAGAAAAGGAAACUUUGAUAGUAUCAAGAUAUUGCUGGACUACAAUGCUGAUGUUGAUAUACGUAAUCUCAGAGGCAAUACAGCACUACAACGCUCAGCUGGCAUUCAGGCCAGUGGAUUGAACAACGAACAGGAUGAUGCAUCUCUAGAGCUACUAAUUAAAGCCUCUGGUCAGUUUGAUCUGCUUAAUGAUGAAGGUCAGCCAGUUCCAAUAAUUGCCAGUGACAAUCGACUAAGUGAAAUAUUGCGGCCUCUAUGCCAGACACCUAGGCCUCUCCUUGACUUGUGUAGACGGCAGAUUCGCAGGUCUAUAGGUCCAUGUUACUUGCCUAAUGUGAUUCCUUCUUUGCCUGUGCCAACUAAGCUUCAAGAGUUCCUCUUGUUAAGAGAUAAAAAAGAUAUUCUAGGCGUUGAUGGGAAGCCAUCAUGACACAUGUAACGGAUUAAAUAAGUGUAGAGAGUAUCAAGAACUGUGUACAACACAUGAGAACUAUUCUUGUAAUCUUACACAUCUUCCAGCUGAUAGCAAUACUCAUUACAUCUAAUACACUAAAUCCAACU